AUGUUUGAUCUCGCCUUCUUGCCCUCCAUCAUGCUCUUUGAGCACAUGUCUGGCAUUUUGCCUGCCCCUGCACCAUCUGGUGCAACUGCCUCGGCUGAGGUGGAAGUCUGCAAGGACAUUGUCUCACUUCCCCUGCCAUCUCUGAGGACUGUCUUGCCCAUGGCUGUCUCCCCAGCAGCCCCCAUUCCUCCUUUGCUGCCUAUGGCAGUGAUACUGACUGGCAUGGACUCCACGCCAACUAUCUUGUCAUGGACCACCAAGUCCAUCCAGGGAGGUGCUCUUGUGCCUUCCUCCAGUGUCAUCCAUAUGGACAAUAAUCUGUUUGGCACUUCGGUGCACCCUCCUGCAGUUGUCCCAAUGGAUGACACCCCCACAGCCCUGGUUGUUCUCUCAAACAACCUCACACCUAGUGAUGCCAUUCCCUUGAAUGGCACAGAUCUUACUGCUGUUGUUCUGUCGAAUAACUCCCCAUCCUGGCACAUCAGAUGGGGCAAACCUUCUGGCACCCCGCUUGUUGGCUGGGGUACUUCAUCCGGAAGGGACUCCUCUGCUGGCUGGGGCGACCCCACCAACCCACUGGAGUCAGCCCUCAUCCCUUGGGAUGAGGAUGAAGAAGAAUUCAUCAAUGAUGAUGAAGAUCCUUACCUUGUCCCAUAUGGGGUACCCCUCCACCCAAAGGAGGAUCACGGCACAACUUAUGGACAUGAUGCAGAAGGCUUCCUGAGGCCCCAAAUGCCUGAGUAUGCCCGGGGAUCUACUGAUCCCUUCUACCAUGAUGCUUGUGCCUGCGCCCCUGAGCCCUUUGCUCUCCUUGUGGGAAACCCUCACACCAACUCACAGUUAGCUCUUCAUUCCACCAAGCAGCUCACUGACAAGCUGCUCUUCAAUCACCUGCAUCGCUGGACUGCAGAAGAGACUCGUGAUCAUCUCUCAUGGGACUGCAGAGACUGCUCUGAUGAGUUGUUCCACCUCCAUCAUGGACAUCUUGAUCAAGUUGAAGGACUUGAAGAUGGGGGCUGCAAGCACGUCUUUGCAACCAUGGCUGGCGUCCUCCCAUGA